UCCCCAGCACUGGAUAUUGAGAUCUAACUGUGCUGAAUAACAGGCGCACAGUAAUUUCAUCCCCCAUCUGUGCCUGUUGAUGCACCAAGUUGCAACUGCCUUUCAAGUGAAUAUCCAGCUAAGGGAAGGUCAGUUAUUUUGGGCCAGCCCAGCCUGCUGAGGGAAAUACCAUAACGUUCUUCUAUAGAGUCUCCUAAAAUAGAAGCCCCUGCCUGUUUGUUAGGUCGCACUUUAAUGGGACACAAACUAAGCCAAAGCACUAGCGGAAAAGCCCUUUGAGAAAGAUGAUAAAAAUUACCCACGUCUUCAGAGACGAGUAGCAGGAGUUCCCCUACAGGGGUGUGAUUUUUAAAAUAACUUUUUCUGAAGAAAGCUAUUCCCCUCCACCCAAUAUAUAUAUUUAUAUAUUGCAAAUAUAUCAUCAUUUUUUAAAAACGCAAAACAAGCGAUGAAAUUGAGCGUUGGGAUAUUUUUUGGCGGCUUCUUCGGAGCUCUUGGAAUUUUAUUCUUUUUGGUUGCCUUUGGAACAGACUAUUGGCUGCUUGCAACGGAGGUUGGAAGGUGUUCAGAAGGUUUGAAUGACACCCUGGAAGAAAAAGUUAUCUUCCACCAUGAAGGUUUCUUCUGGAGAUGCUGGUUUGAUGGGAAGGUUGAUGAGAAUACUAGCACUAUGUGGAAAUUUUGGUAUACUAACCAAUCACCGUCUAAAAACUGCACCCAUGCCUAUCUCUCUCCGUUUCCACUCUUCCGAGAUGAGCACAACUCAACUGCCUAUGAUUCUGCCAUUAUUUAUCGUGGCUUCUGGUCAAUCACCAUGCUACUAGGUGUGGUCACAGUGGUCCUUGCUAGCUUCUUCAUCAUUUGUGCUGCUCCCUUUGGAAGCCAUGUGCUGUACAAAACAGGAGGAGGCUUUUUCAUCACUGCUGGCAUCUUGUUCACGCUGGUGAUUGUGCUGUAUGUCAUCUGGGUCCAGGCAGUGGCCGAUCUCGAGAACUACGUGGUUAUGAAGAAAAUAGACUGUCCAGAUUUUUCCCUCUAUGUUCGCUAUGGCUGGUCUUUUAUGUUGGCUCCAGUGGGAAUAUUUUUUGCUAUGUUUUCAGGAAUGCUGUUUCUCCUGGUAGGGCGUACAAUUUACCUGCAUUCUGAUUAGCUGUGUGUUUAAGCAGGUUGACAUUGUGAUGGAGCUUUGCUGGGAAGCAGUUUUUAUACAUCGAUACCCCUCCUAAAGUUGAGCAUUUACUGGCCCCAUUCUAGAUCUGCUGAGGCAACUAGUGCAAUCGUGAAUGUGUCUACUCAGAAGUAAGCCCAUGGUUGAAUUCUGUGGGGCUUGUUUACAGGUGAGCCUCUAUAGGAUUGCAGCCUCAGUUUAUACCUUCUUGCCAUGAAGGCCAUGGUGGUCCCUCUUAAGGCAGCCAUCUAAUCCUUUUAGAUUGCUUCAUACGUUUGUAAAUUGCAUAGAUCCCAUUAAAAAUAUGGAAAUUUACAUCUCCAUGUUAGAUAUGCAAAGAAAAAUAUGCCAUAAUUAAUGGAAGGAUUAGAUUUGGGCCAAGGGCCAAUUUUACAAUUACGAGCUUAAAGGAAGGAGCAUUUGUAAUGAAGUCAUGCAUCUUCUACAGAUACAUUGUGCUCUAAAAGCAAGGAAUGGGUGUUACAAGUGGUGGUCAUGGGAGAUAAUUCCCUACCAUACUUGUUUGCAUCAUGCUUCUGCCAGACCACAACUAUCACUAUACAUCCAUAGACCGUUCAGGAAGCAGUACUUCUCUUGUUCUG